AUGCGAAAUCACAUCUCCUCCCUUUUACGAAAGAUCGGUGCUCCCGGGAAACAGAUGAGACUGAGACGGAAUAUACAGAUAUCUUGUCGUGGCAAACUCAUCAGCGUCGAUAAACUCUUUGAUUAUACGAAUGGGAAUUUCCUUGUUAAUGAGAAUUUCCAAUUUGAACAGCGUUAUGUGAAGUUCGACCUGGAUGCUCUCUGCGAUGUCGCUGCCGCGGCAGGCGGCGAAGCAUCCCCCAUCAAGGCAAUUGAAAAGAUGGAAGGAGGUUUCAGCAAAGCCCUGCUGAUGAAGAAAGAAAACGGGAUGGAGAUUAUUGCAAAAAUCCCGUGUCGCAACUCUGGACCAGCAGUGUACACUACCGAAUCAGAGGUAGCUGUCUUGAAAUACGUGAUCCAACACACGAAUGUUCCAGUCCCAGAGGUCUACGCGUGGUCCUCCGAUCCCACAAACCCAGUGGGUGUGGAAUAUAUUAUUAUGGGAAGGGCGCCUGGAGUUCCUGUUUUCAAGAUAUGGGGCGAGAUGUCUCAGCCCAGAAAACUGGAGCUCAUUAAGCAGCUUACUAAGUUUGAACAUGAACUUGCCUCGAUCCAGCUCCCCGCGUAUGGCAGCCUCUAUCUCCGGGCUUUCUCUAGAGAUAUUCCAGGAUACAAGUUGCUUGGCUCGGAUGCCGACCCCUCAGCAUCAUACUGCGUGGGCCGCUCAGGAGACAGAUCAUUCAUCACGCAUGGCUGUCAGGAAUGGGACGGCUCCAAAUUAGAUCCCGGACCAUUCCCAGGGACUACAUUAUCCGCAUACGGUAUUGCAAUUGCAAAGCGGGAGAUGUUUCGUAUUUCAGGAGGUUCAUCACCGCACCCGGAGACCUUCUACCAGGGCAGUUUUUUGGAGCAGACUAACCUUCUGGAAAGCGCCAUACGCCUCCUAAGGUUACUGGAUUCGCAUCCUAUUCUCGCACAAUCCGCUACGCCGGUCAUUUGGCAUACAGACCUUCAUAUGGGAAACAUUUAUGUGUCCCCUGAUGAACCAUCACAAAUUCUUUCGCUCAUUGACUGGCAAUCAGUAUCAAUCCUUCCACUAUUUCUACAAGCACGAUGGCCUAUUUUCCUCGAGCCACCACAAAAUUAUGCUCGAGGAUUUCAAAAACCGGAGCUUCCUGACGAUUUCGACAGGCUGGAUCGGGAGGAGCAGCAGUUGGCAAGGUAUGAGCAGCAACAAGCUGUAGCUGCAAAGGCAUAUGAAGUGUCAAACUACCUCGAGAAUAGAUCGGCCUAUACAGCGAUGAAUCUUCCACGCGUUUUCCGGGAACUGUUCAAACGUUGCGGUGAAAUUUCCGAAGUUGGGGUUAUCCCUCUUCGAGCAUGUCUUAUAGAGAUAUUCACGAACUGGUUUGAAUUGGGAUUCACUGGCGAUUGCCCUUACUCUUUUAGCCAAGAGGAGAUAGACGAUCAUAAUUCCCAGUUCAGGGAGUAUGAGGAUUGGCACAAGGUACAUGAGUUAGCGAGGAAAUGCUUGGAUACUGAUGAAGAUGGAUGGAUACCUCCCGAUAUGGAUAUCACGGAGAAACGUCAGCAAAACCAAGAACUAUUGAACAUGUUCAUCAACCAGAUGGCAGCCGAAAAAUCCCCAGAAGAAGCGAGACGGAUGUGGCCUUUCGUUGAAAAUUGCCACUUCACCAAGAAGAGUCACUAG